UCUUUCCCGCCUCCCUCCUCCGAGCGGCUCAAACUCAGGCCUCGGGCCUUCAGCUCUGAGGGUCCUUGGGGGGGCGGGGUGCAGAUCUGAUGAGUGACCCCUCCCCCCAGCUCCCGGAGGGAGAAGCCUCUACGUCUAUGUGCCGGCCCAAGAGUUUCAUGGCCUCCACUGCACGCAGGCGACGCAGAGAGCGUCGCUUCCGUCGCUACCUGUCUGCAGGACGGCUGGUCCGGGCCCAGGCCCUCCUCCAGCGACACCCAGGCCUUGAUGUGGAUGCUGGGCAGCCCCCACCUCUCCACCGGGCCUGUGCCCGCCAUGACGCCCCUGCCCUGUGCCUGCUGCUGCGUCUUGGGGCUGACCCUGCCCACCAGGACCGCCAUGGCGAUACGGCGCUGCACGCUGCUGCCCGCCAGGGCCCAGAUGCUUACACGGACUUCUUCCUGCCACUGCUGAGUCGCUGUCCCUCAGCCAUGGGCAUAAAGAAUAAGGAUGGAGAGACCCCUGGGCAGAUUCUGGGCUGGGGACCCCCCUGGGAUUCUGCAGAAGAGGAGGAAGAAAAUGAGGCUUCCAAGGAGUGGGAGUGGCGGCAGAAGCUGCAGGGAGAGCUGGAGGACGAGUGGCAAGAGGUGAUCGGGAGGUUCGAAGAUGACACCCAGGAGCCCGAGUCCUUCUCUGCCUGGUCAGAUCGCAUGGCCCGGGAGCACGCGCAGAAGCGGCAGCGGGAGGCUGCAGGACCCUGCCGACCCCCGAGGGCUGAGGGCCCGGGGCGCAGCUGGCAACAGCAGGAGGAGGAGCAGCGGCUCUUCCGAGAGCGAGCCCAGGCCAAGGAGAGAGAACUGCGGGACAGCCGGGAGAGCCGAGCCCGAGGAGUCGGAGAGGCCCAAGGGAUCAGGGCUGGGCCAGGCGCCGAGCGCCCCCGAGACCCAGGGAGAAGCAGCCUCUGGCGCUUUGGGGACGUGCCCUGGCCCUGCCCUGGCGGAGGGGACCCCGAGGCCAUGGCCGCAGCCUUAGUGGCCAGGGGACCCCCGCUGGAGGAGCAGGGGGCUCUGAGGAGGUACUUGAGGGUCCAGCAGGUCCGCUGGCACCCUGACCGCUUCCUCCAGCGAUUCCGAAGCCAGAUUGAGACCCAAGAGUUGGGCCGAGUGAUGGGGACUGUGACCGCCCUUUCUCAGGCCCUGAACCGCCACGCAGAGGCCCUCAAGUGACCAAAGGACCCCGCAGCCGAGCUGCGGGAGGACGGGGAUGUUGGCCUCGGGGAUGGACGCAGAGGAGCAGGUGCUGCGCUGGAGCCAAGCGGCGGUGUGGGUGGGGCACGUGGGCCGCUUCUGCUCCUUUCCGUUCUGCGUUUCCUAAUAAGACCUGCUCCCACAGCUCCCGGAGUCUCUGCUUUUUCCAUCGCUGUGGUUUUCAUCACCCAUGACAGCGCCUUUCCCUCUGCUGUCGAAACCCACCGCUCCUACACGCCUGCCACAUGCAAGCACCCAUGUGCGCCCUCAGCUGGAGACCAAGAAGCCCCCUCCAUGCUCUCCCUUGUCAGCCCUCUGAAGGCCCAGUUCAUCCUCCAGCCCCCUCGCCCUUCUCUGAUGGGGUCCUGUCCACUCUACAUUCUGAAGCGAAGAUGUGAACAGAGGCAAAAAAAGGAACCACACCAGAUCCCCUCCCCGAACCCCCUCGCAGACCACAUCCUCCUCCACACCUCACCCCCACUCAGGGCUUUCCCUCUGCUGAGUCACUU